AUGGGAAACAAAGUCUCAGCCAUUGACUCCCGAGUCAUAAAGAAAAGAAAACAGCGCGUUAUGAUUCGAGGAAUGUUCAAUUAUCCAAACGGACGAAACAUUCGGGAGGAACACCAUCCGACUGGAGCCAAUCAAUGGGUGACUGUCUUCUUCAACUGGGCUGAUCACAAGUACAACGACGAAGAGUUGAUGGAUCUUGUAGUGGCUCGCAUCACUGCCAGGAACGGUAUCAUCUCAUCCGAACCCGUCCAUCACGACGUCAAAUGGUGCCUCUCCCUCCGUGUUCCAGAAUACUGGAAGCCUAGCGAUGUGUCAAUUGCCGCCGCCGCCAAGGUCAUUGCACAAUGGUAUCAAAGUGAAAUGCGCCAUGCAGGUGUGAAGAUCAACCGAAGAUAUCUUUUUCGUGACUACAAUCGAAAGAGACGUCUUGUUCAUUAG